CCGCCAAACCGUGCCGCCGAGAUGGAUCGGUUUUGAUCUGGCCCCGGUGGCAUUCCGCACAGGCCAUGCUCCCUCCCAUGCUACUCUCGCUGCCUAUGGCUCUGGGCGAGAGCGUCUCCUCUGUCAUCGUGCUCCUUUCCUUUGUUGCGGUCUCGGUGCUUCUGUUCUACGUCACAUACCGCAACGCUGCACUGAUUCGCAAGCGCCAACCCAUCGCCGUUCAAUGCUUUUAUUGUCAAAGCAUCAGCCAGCUUCCGCCACCGCCUCUGGCCAUCGGAACCAAAGCCAUCCCCGGCACCGAGCCAGCUCGGUCUCGAGGAAGCGGCCUCAAACAGAUCGACUAUUGGCCAACAGACAGCCCCAAUGUCAUCAAGCGGUGGUACUGCCCAUGCAUGAAUUGGAACGAGCUCGAUCCCAAUGGCGAUAUUCUCGAGCCGGACGUUCACAACUGGGAAGGAACACACACACCCACACCCCGAUAUGCCCUAUCUGCCACCGAGGCAUCGUCGCAGAAGUCUAGCCGAGACUCGCCCUUCUGCGAAAAAUGCAUCAACAAUCAGAGUCUUAUCUACCAGCUCUUGAGUCAAUGCAUUCCCGAUGAAGAGGACCCAAACUACGAGAUUGCCUGUGCUAGCUUUGAAACAAAGCGGGAAGAGAUCGAGGCACGCUAUCCGCCAGUCUGUAAGCUCUGUCGUGGACGGGUCGACUCGUUCCUUCAACAGCAACAGAGCUAUCUGAAGCCUCUCGUCAACAAGUACAAACGCACUAAACUUCGCACGGAGCGACACAACAUCACACAGCAGGGUCAAGACUCGGACUUGCGUGAAUUGGACGACGGCGAUGGCGACGACAGUGGCUUCCAUGCAAAUCUUGGCCGUCCAGGCACAUGGCUUGACAAGCUGCAGCGGCGACUCGGCAUCAAGUCACACAUGCUGAAUGGCCUAUACAGUCUCUCGGCCUUGAUUUUGGAAACGGCUUUUGCUCUCGUCUCAAUCGGAUAUGGAGCAGCAAGUCUGACACUACUGACCAUGGCCUUUUUCCGAGGUACGGAGCGGACACGCAAUCUAUGGAUUCAGCGACUGGGUGUUGUUUGCAGAUCGAGGCAAUUGCACAGCAACCACGUUUUCGCUGCUCUCUCGCCUCUGGAGUAGUCCUUUGCCCAGUCACGAGCUACCAGCUGUCAGUCUGCACAGCUGGGGACUGCCGUCCAAACUGUUUGCAUGUCUGAGAAACCCGUGGAUCACCGAGGCAGACGACAAUGCGGGCUAUGUCGGUC